GUCAGGGUCAGGGGCUUCAGAACCGUGGACGAUCCAACACAGGAUUUUUAUCAUCAUCAUCAUAUAUAAACCCUGCAACUCCUUUCUUCGUCUUCGCCGGCAGCUGUCGCUGCAUCUCCGGCGCGCGCGCGGCGGGGCGACCCGUCCUCACCCGGAGGGUCGGAGGAGAAGAUGAGCUUCUUCGCCCGCGGCAGCAGGUUAGCAGAUACACGAGGACUCCGAUUCUCCCCCCGCUCUUCCACCUCUACUCUGGGUUUCUCUUGGCUGCUGAUCGCGCUUGCGCCCCUGCCUGACCGACGACGGCGGCGCAGGAACCAGAGGACCUUCAGGCCCAAGAAGACCGCGCCCUCCGGGAACAAGGGUAUGCAGCUGAAGAGGCACAUCGACGCCACUCUCGGCAGCGGCAACCUGCGCGAGGCGGUACGUCUGCCCGUCGGGGAGGACCUCAACGAGUGGCUGGCUGUCAACACUGUUGACUUCUUCAACCAAAUAAACAUUCUGUACGGCACCCUGAUGGAGUUUUGCACGCCAGCUACCUGCCCGACCAUGUCAGCCGGACCAAAGUAUGAGUACAGAUGGGCUGAUGGAGUCAAGAUCAAGAGGCCUAUCGAGGUCUCUGCACCAAAGUACGUUGAGUACCUGAUGGAUUGGAUAGAAGCCCAGCUCGACGAUGAAAAGAUAUUCCCUCAGAAGCUUGGGGCUCCUUUCCCUAACAACUUCCGUGACGUCGUCAAGACGAUCUUCAAGCGUCUCUUCAGGGUGUAUGCGCACAUAUACCACUCGCACUUUCAGGUGAUUAUGAAGCUCCAGGAAGAGGCGCAUCUCAAUACUUGCUUCAAGCACUUCACACUCUUCACAUUGGAAUUCCGGCUGAUCGACAGGGCAGAGCUGGCUCCUCUCAGCGAGUUGAUUGAUCCCAUAAUACUUGGGUGCUAAACCAGGGAGAGCUUUGAUGGGGCCAAGUGUAGAUAGAUUUUCCCCCCCUUCUUUUUUGCAAGUCAGAUGGAACGUCUCCAUUUACAUUUUUGGAAGCAUAGGCUAGCAGUUCGCAAGUCAGAUGUGUUCUCUGUAGCAGCAGAUCGCAGCAUAAUCAUGAAAAAAUGGAGUGGUUCCUGAUCCGCAUCAGCAGGGUGCCUCGCUU